UACGUUUAGUUGGGUGUUCACAAGUUGCCGAGACAUCGUGCUGUGCGGCUGAGUGACAUCCGCAUUCGACGUACGUUGCAGACUGUUCUAGAGGUGCACACGCGCAGAACAUCACGUUCGUCGGAUUGCGUGUCGUGAGUCAUUGUUGUGUUGACAGUUGAACCAGGUCGGUCCUCGUGUCACCGUCGGCCACCUAACAGGCGUACAGGCAGGUCGCAUUUUUGUACGCGACGCGUUUUAUACGAGUCACCGCGCAGUAGUAGUGGUCGAAACACACCUUUUUGCGUCUCAACUACGAACCGAUAUCGCGAGACGAUAAAAUACGCCGCGUGUGUCGUAAACGGAGUUGGGUGGUUUCGAAGUGGAGUUGGAACAAUCGGCUGGCGAGCCACUAUCAUAAGAGUGCAAUAAAAUAAACGAGCCACCUUAAAUGAAUUUCUAAACUCGGCCGGGUAUGGUUAUGUAACGGUAGUGAAAAACUAGACACGGGAGUGUUUGGUGAGAAAGAGAAACAUUUUGAGCUAAGACUGUGUAAGAAGCGACGGUAGAGUCAAUAAGACUGCUCUCCAGUCGCACGAGGCUCUUUUCCUAUACGAGACAGGAGCUAAACUUUUAGUUGGCCACGCAGUCAGUUUCGCGGCAUCGAUGGUGCGAAGUUCGACGACAAUGGAGCAGACGUUCUACGAGGAGACGAGCGUCUACGGCGUGGUGAAUCGCGAGAACAACGUGGGCCAAUUGAAGCGUAAUCUUACAUUAGACCUGAAUGGAUGUCAGAGACAGGGCCCGCAGGCGAAGAGGCCACGACUCGGACCUCUGCCACCAGCGCUUAACAACGUGGCACCUAUUUUAAGCUCACCGGACUUGAACAUGUUGAAACUGGGCUCGCCGGAACUGGAGAAAUUCAUCAUCGCUCAGCAAGAUAGCCUCGUAACGAAUUUACCAACGCCCACGCAGAUCUUGUUCCCUAAGGCGGUCACCGAGGCGCAAGAAUUGUACGCGCGUGGUUUUGUCGAGGCAUUGAACGAGCUCCAUCAUUCGGACAGUUCGCAAGAACCUGGUAGUAUCCAUGGAGCAACGUACACGACUCUGGAACCACCUAGCAGCGUGCAGAGUACGGAAUCGUCGGUGAGCCAAGGUCUAAUGCAGAUCAAGGAUGAACCACAAACGGUACCUAGCGUGUCGAGUUCGCCACCAAUGUCACCGAUCGACAUGGAGAACCAGGAGAGGAUCAAGCUGGAGAGGAAACGUCAGAGGAACCGCGUGGCAGCGUCCAAGUGUCGCAGACGCAAAUUGGAGCGCAUCUCCAGGCUCGAGGACAAGGUUAAACUACUCAAGGGCGAGAACACGGAAUUAAGCGCCGUGGUGCAUAAGUUAAAGGAGCACGUGUGUCGAUUGAAGGAGCAGGUGAUGGACCACGUGCAUUCGGGUUGCCAGAUCAUGGCCGUGUCCGGUCAAUUCUGAACCGACGACACCUCCCUGAUGGGACUCUCCAACGUGUAUUGUUUUAUUGGACGAUGACCCAUACUUCUGACCGAAAGGGAAAAUCUCCCGCCAGAGGAAGCUUCCAUGGGAAUUGGUGUCGUCGCCCAUCGAAAAAACGUCGUUUUCAUUUCACGGCCUCCUCGUUUCCGGGAUAAAGAAGGACAGUGAACAUGUGUAACGGCGUGAGAGAAACAGGGAGUGCCUUGAUGUGCCGUCGCGAGAUAAAGAUGUAAGCGCUUUCCAAAAAGGACACGAAAUAUGUACAAAAUACCAUCUGUAUCUGUGUGGGGGGCUCGUUCACGCACGUGAAAUGCGUGCCGUGUGUGUGUGUUGGAGGGCGAUCGUGAGAGAGAAAGGAAAGGACGAAAGACCAGGAUAGAGAUAGGUAGAGAGAGGGGGAGCACCUUGAACAGUGCAUUGAAAAGGAGGAGUAGGGGCGUAGAAGAGCGACGAGGAUCGACGAAGAAAAGGAGAGAGUGGGUGGGACUUGGUGGAGGAGAGAGGGACCUUGCGGCGCGGCCAUUUUGGAGAACCGCGAGUACUGGCGGGAGAUUCGAAUCUCCUGGCCAUUAGAAUUUUUCCAUUCUAAUAAUGUAUAUUCGCCGAGGGGGGGGAAAAUUUUCUGCGACGGUCGAUCUGGUCUCGAUUCGUUGUUUUUGCAGGCUCGAUCGCGCCGUUCUUUCUUUCAUUUUUCUCUCGAGGAGAAUAAUAAUACCUCUUUGCAUUCUUUGUAAUCGAUCCACGUAGAUUGUGAUCGCUUGCGUUGUUUCUGUUUCUUUUUUAACGAACGCGUGCUAUUAGUGAGUAAGAUCGUCGUUAAUCGCGAGAACUUCCGAAUCGUAAUUCGAUUCGAGGAUCGAUUUAGAACGAUCCUUGUUUGUUCAGGAUUUCGUGGCAAUCUUGUUUUCUUUUUUUCUUUUUAACGUUCAACACGUUCGCGAGACACAGAUACUUUUCAUCGUUUCUUUCCAUCUUUCUUCUUUGUCUCAUCGAACAGCAAUUUUUAAUCGAAUCAAAAGAUGCUUCUCUCGAAGAAUGCUCGUAGAUUGUAUGUAAAUAAAAGAUACGCUAUCCACGUAUUCACGCGCAGAGUAACAACUAAAAUUAGGCUAAUUGUAAGAUCCAUUCGGGAGGGACGAAUGUGUCAAAUGCGUGAACAAAAAGAGGCGAGAUAAACAACCGAGAAACAAAGUGCUUUCGUAUCGAUUGCAAUCGAUAGUAACAGAGCUGUUUUUCUGUUUUCUUUUUUUCCGGUGCGUAUAGGACAAAUCAACAACGAGGAUUACGAUCGUUGUAAGGUGCUGUUCAGACUCUUCGUUCAGUUUCUUUUAUUAUACUCUGGUACUUGUUUUGAAAUUGAAAAACGGCGAGCUUACGAGAUUCUUCGAUUGCAAUCGAUCUUUCAGGGUGGAAACCCUCGUUGAACCCCCGUUCUUUUUUAUUUUAUAAUAGGACAACCAUUGUUUUAAGGCUGUACAAAAUAGGGUAACGUUUGGAGGAAUUGCGGGCGUUGAGGUCACCGUUUCGGAUUAGAUCUUUAUUUUUUUGCGUUUCGAUGCAUCCCUGAAGAAAUUCGAACACCUUAUGAAUGUCGUGUCUAACAGCUUAUCGACGAAUGACAAUUCUCUAUUUUUCAAAUUUUACAAAAUCUAUGCCUUUUGCAGCGAAAAAAAAAAUAUAUUUUCAAAUUUACCUAAGAAUUAACUAUCGAAUUAAUUAGCGUAAUCCGUGCAGAUAAGGUGUUAAGAUGUCGACUUUCCGCGAUAAGAAUACCCCAAAUCUUUCCCUUACGUUUAUAUUCGUAGCUUUUAAGGCGGAAUCUGCACGUAACAAGUCGUGUUCCCCAUUUUUGUCGUUCUUUCUUCACGGUUCCCCGAUACUUUUCAUCGCCUCGGAACCUUCUUUUCGUCAUAUGUGCAUCUAGUCUUGUCCAGUAUGCCCUCGUAACUUAUGCACACCGCGUGCUACGUGCAGAUCCGCAUAAAAUGUACACGUACAUAUACACACACACGAUUCGAUUGUGUUACCACAUGCGACGACAAGAUGCAUUUAAGGGAAACAGAAAGGAUAUUGAAAGGGGGGUUCUUUUGUUCGGAUACGUUCAAGGAAUACCGAACGAUUCAUUAUUUUCUUUGCUUUCUUUUUUUAAUAAAAGGAGCACGUGGUAACAGAAUCGUACAGGUUCACCGUAGUGCCAUUAAGCACGGAAUCACCGUAAUAAGGAAAAUUAAAAACGCGCAACCUUUUUCGAGGAAAAUAUUUUGUUAGAGAUAGGUUUCAACCCUUUGCGGUCCAAAUUGUGCUUCCCAAUUGUUAGAAUAUCUGUGAAAUUGAACAAUUCUGACUGACAUCGUUAAGAAUAUUUAUUAAUGAAAUUUUCUCUCUUUAUUCCUCUUUUUUAAUUCUUUGACUAGGUUCGUAAUCCUCGUUGCAGUCAACGUGUGUUAACUGAAAGUUGUUUUAAAUAUGUUUGAUUUGUUAGCAAAGUUUGAUCUAACGUAUAGAAUAAAUGGUCCGCAAAAGGUUAAUUGAUAAACUCGAUGUAACUCGAGGAGAUUGCGAUUCGAGGAAAGAAGAGAAUUAAUUGAUACGCUAUUUUUGGACACUCGUAUAAGGGAUCAUCGGAACGAUCGGUUCAAACGAAGGGAAGGAAUGCAAUAUUAAAGAAAUUUCUUUUUUUUUCUUUUAUAAUUUUAUUAUUCAUUGAUCUAUCGCUUCCCCUCCUUUGACAAACGACUUUCGACACAUAAUUUGACAAUUUCUAACGCGUCUACAGGAUGUAAUUUAACACAUUGACGCCAAACUUAUAUGGAAUGAAAUUUUAUUAUUUUGCAUGAAAAAUGGUCAAAAGUUAUAUUAUUCUAUUGAAAAAUUUCAAGAGUUCCGAAAUAUAAUUUUUCAACGCUUCAACGAUUGAUUACAAAUUAUCUUUUAUUUAUUCCUCUACGAAUCUUCUUUUUUAUUGUAUUAUUCCCAAUCGUCAUUGAAGCGUUUGUCGAAUGUUAAAUUUCAUCCUGUACAUUAAUCUCUGUUAACAUUAUAAUAUAAGUUACGUUUUCUCUUGCUUAAAGCCACGUUUCUUUUUCUUUAAUUUAUUCUGAGAUCAUAUUCGUUGUAUUACGAGUGAGUUCCCUCGAUGAAAGGUCUCUUCGGUGUAUUCUUUUUUUUUGUAGUAUUCGAAAGCUUUUUACCUGGUAGAAGAGGAAGAAAGUAAGACAUAGAGAGAAGAAGGUAAAAAGGAGAGAAUUUCGCAAGUCUCCUUUGUACCUUUUUUCCCCCGGAGGUCUUUUGUGAUGGAAAUACAAUGAAGUAGAAAGAAAUUAUGAAUCUUAGAGACGUUUCUUCGUCUCGGGAAUCAGCCAUCACGUACGGCGUGCCUUUUUCUCAAAGUAAUAAAAAAAUAAUCAAAAGGAAAGGAGAUACCGCAUCGACAAAGAUUUCAAGUUCUUCUCGAACUUCACGAUCUUCCCUUUUGUUCUUUAUUUUUCGUUAAGGGAGAAUCGUGGCGGUUCGAACACUUGUUAUCGCGAAAUUUUUGAUCUUUCUUUUAACGGUUAAGAGUUUGCGAAGAGACGAUAUUAUUAGGUCGUUCCAUAAACGAUUAACUUCUAUCUCCACACUUUUUCAAGAAAUUUUUGUGCAAUCCUUCAGGCAAAUUUCCAGCAUAGAAAAUUGUUAAUAGGAAAUACAGAGAAAUAGAAGUGAGGAAAAUAUUAUUUAUGGAAUGAUUUAAUAAUGAUAUGCCAGUUAAUUGGUAAGCGAGAAAAGCGAUGGCACAAAAAAAAUGUAUGAAAGUAAAGCAAGAAACCACAAUGUGAUUUAGUCAGUAAGCAAAAAC